UCCCCGCGCUCGAAUCGGGCAGUUUUCAGGUCAACGCUCAGGCCUCGACGCGUCUCCCAGCACCCUCCCGAUUUUCCCGCGAAUUUUUGCACGCGCCCCGACGCACGAGCCGAAAUUUCGCGUCCGGUCCGCGCGCAAAUGCCCCGAAUUCGCACGCGGAUUCCCCACUCGAACUCAGUCGCCCUUCGCGUAGGCCGCGCUCCAAGAAUCAGGACAUUAAUUUGACUCGGGAGUGGUUAAAUUGAUCGGUAAAAUUGAGUAAUUUUAACUGAAAAAAAAUAUGUAUCCUCUAUUGUGAAAAAUUGUAUUUUAAAUCGCACACGUAGUAGGAAAACAUUCACCCCAAGCUUCGGUUGUGCCAGUGGUAAAGUGGUAGUUUCGUGCGCGCCUUCAAAAUCACACGAUACCAACUCAAAGCAGAGGAGUCGGACAAGUGGCAUUGGCGGGUUUGAAUCGCGAAUCCCUCUCGAAUCGCCUUCAUAAUUUUAUGGUGCUGUGCCGAAACGCCUUUUCAAUAAGAGUUGUCACUGACGGGAUACAGUUCUCGUUACGUUGGACAAAAUUCAGCGCGCCUUCGAGUUAAAUGAUACCACACCAAAGCACAGGAGUUUGGCAGGUGGUAUCUAAGGCCUCACGACGGGAAUCCGUAUCGAAUUUAAUCAUCUCGCUGCUUGGAUUGCAUCGUUAUAAUUAGAGCAAGGUGCUACGCUCGUAUCCCGUGUUUCGAAGUCAGAUGAGCUGACUGUAAGUGCGCCUUCAAAACUGUAUGAUACCGAAUCGAGUCAGCGGCGUGUAACAAGUGGUAUCUGGGGGUUUUCAACUGGCUAAUUAACUCCCUCUACAGCCCGGACAGAGCUGGAUUGUGCUGGUUUCAUUCGAGGGAAGCGAUAAGCUGGUAACUCGUGUUGUGAAAGACAGUCUGACCAAGAGAGGUUUCGCAAAGAUGGAGGAGAACCCGCGGAAAAGCUUCUCUCCGAUCCGCGACGCGCCGAGCUGCGUGAUGCUGGCCGGCGAGGAGGCCAAAGACAAGUUGUACGAGCCGAAGAACAAGAAGAAGCUCGUGCGCGUCUUGACCGUGAUCGCAUACAUGUUCUCGGUCUCGCUGGCUGCCAUCAUGCUGUCCCUGUACUACAUGUUCCUGUGGUCGCCGCGAAACGAGACCGCAGCCUCCCAGGUCGUGUACCCGCCGUGUCAGAUCCCAGAUCCAAUUGUGAUGGAACGUUUGAGCAAGCAAAUAAAACAACAGCAGGGACCGGUGGUCAUUACCGCUGAAGCCAGGCCAACAACCUCUCCAAUCGAGAAACAAAGUACGAAGAAAAUAAACAGCUCCAACCACCACAAGCACCAGAAAAACAAGCUGCCAGAACACACUGAUGAUGAGUUCGAAAUGGCAAAAAUCGAAUCUUCCUACUCUGAUAUCAAACACGAUCAUCAAUCAACUAACGACUGAUCCGGACUGCCUGGUUCUAGACAUUGAACAAACUUGUUUAGCAAGCAGAUUCAUUUUGAUGGCCACAAAACGAAACCUCGUAUCUUCAUUGCUAUGUGUCAAAAUUUCCGCUCCUAUCAAAUUUUUCCGAAGAGAACCUGACCAACUUCAAAGCUUGAAAUUAAUGCAGAAUAUUGAAGAAAAAUCAAGAAAGUUUUCAUAAACUUACCUUUCAUAAACCAAUUUUCCAAAGAAAAAAUUAAGUAUGACAAGAAGUCUCCAACGUCGCAAACGGAGAUACGCAGUUUUGCACUUUGGCCAUCAAUUUGUAAUACAUUGUUUUUGUUGUUUCCUUUUUUUACUGAUCCCUUAAAAAGUUUUAUGUGAGCAAGAGGAUAUGAGGAACGCAUGCUUUGUUAUGGACGGGUGAAUCAGGGGUGCAGAAUUUUCUUGAUCACGCUGCGGUAAGAAAAAAGGGGAAGCCUGUGAAAAUUGAGAGGCCUUGCUCGUAAGCGCCUUAGAAUCGCGUGUUUCUUAGAAAAUCGUACUGAAAUUCGGGUGUUUUUUUGAAGAAUCACAGUGAAAUUUGCAAGUUAUUGGCAAAAUCUCUGGAAUUUGUGAAUAAAGAACAGUAAAUAAGUCGUAGCUUUGAAAAUUUUGGGGGAAAAGGGUUUAAUUCAAAUGGACUAGAUUUUGCAAUUAAGGACUACUUGCAGUUUCUGGUUCAUCUUUUAAAAUCUACUUUCUUCAUAGGGAGCCAAUGGCUUAAUCAAUGUUUCAAAAAUGAUCCAGCAACGGUAACUCCUCAUUGGAAAAUAUAGUCCAAAAGGGAAGGCCAGUUUAAAAAAUGGGAAAAUGGGAGAAUGGGAAUAACUUUCUGCACCCCUGUGGUGAUUGGUCGAAUUUAGCAUUAGAUUGUCUGAAUCAGCAGUCGUGAUGUUUCUAAAUCCAAUAAAGUAGGAUCUUUAUGUAACAGAAAAGAACCAAGAUGUAUUUUACAUUUAUAACUACUUCUAUGGUGCACUAAGAAGACUCAUCUAAUUGGUUACUCUCAAAAGGGACACAAUUAUGUACGAGCAAAACCAUCAAUCCUGCAUGAACUAGAUAAUGAUGUUUAAAAUUUUGUACAUACCUAUAUUUUUGCACUUCCGUAAAAUACAACACACUUAUCUGAAAUUUUUGACGAUAAUUUUUGAUAGUGUGAAAUUAAGUGCAGAGAACACAGUGAGAGUGAUUGAGAAAUAGAGGCUUUGGUAGUGCUAAUUACAUUGUUCAAUUCGUUCAAGAGACCAGAUUAGACGCUUGUAAAAAUUAAAGCAAAUCAGCAGCUCCGAUAUCUUGGUAAAGAUAAACGCAGAGGCAGAUACAUUUCUGCUUUAGCCUUACAUCAGACCUUUUACAACCCACACAAAAUUAAUUUUAAAAAAGGUUUGACACACUACUUUUGCAAGAAAUUAUAGCAACCAAAAUGCACCAAAAUACAAGGGUUUUUCUGGCUACGAAGACCUACAUUUUUUGUUCACUCAGAGACGUCAAAAUUACUGACCAUAUCCUCAAUGUUUAAUUCCAUAAAUUCUUCAAUUUCUGUUUUUGUAGGAAAGAAUUUUUGAAUUUUCUGUAAAAUUUUAUGUUGAUUUUAAUGCUACAUUCACUGGAGGUAAAACAUUGUUAUGACGCUACUACUGUCAUUACUCCUCAUGAAGUAAUUCGAUUAUGCAUCACAGAUGGACGGAUUGCUUUCGGUUAAGUUUGAUUUUUAAUAAUACAAAACAAUUUUAAAGAA